CCUCCCCGGGCUCCGCCGAUGCCUGCGCCGCCGCCGCCACGCCGAGGACUAGGGCGCCAGGAAGGAGAGGAGAAGGAAGGGAGGCAGGGAGGGAAGGAAGGAAAGAAGGAGCCAGGGCCAGGCCGGCUCGCUUUGUACUAUGUCUCCCUGUCUCUAUGGAGCACAGAGGGGGGAGAGAGAGAGGCAGGCAUUCUGGGGCCUCUGCGUUGCGCACAGAGAAGGGAUAGGGAUAAAUGUUAUUGUUGUUAUUAUUAGGAGGAGGGGGGGUCGUCGUCCAUGAUGAGAGGGGAGGCUGAGAGAGUGUGACCCCCUCCCCAGGGCGGCCCAGGCACGUCCUCCUUUCUCCCCCCUUGCUUUCCAGAAACGUCCUCCAUUUUGAGCAUGGCUCAAAAGAAGCAUGACUUUGAUACUUAGAUGGAUGGUGAUAAUUCUACAACAGAUGCUUCUCAGUUGGGAAUUGCUGGAGAUUACAUUGGUGGUAGUCACUAUGUGAUACAGCCUCAUGAGGAUACAGAAGACAGCAUGAAUGACCAUGAAGACACAAAUGGCUCUAAAGAAAGUUUCAGAGAACAGGAUAUUUAUCUUCCAAUUGCAAAUGUGGCAAGGAUAAUGAAAAAUGCCAUACCUCAAACAGGAAAGAUUGCUAAAGAUGCAAAGGAAUGUGUACAGGAGUGUGUAAGCGAAUUCAUCAGCUUUAUAACGUCAGAAGCAAGUGAGAGGUGUCACCAAGAAAAGCGAAAGACUAUAAAUGGGGAGGAUAUUCUCUUUGCCAUGUCUACCUUGGGAUUUGACAGCUAUGUUGAACCUUUGAAGUUAUAUCUACAGAAGUUCAGAGAGGCCAUGAAAGGAGAAAAGGGUAUUGGAGGGACAGUUACCACAGCAGACGGGCUCAGUGAGGAGCUCACAGAAGAAGCAUUUACUAACCAGUUGCCAGCAGGUUUAAUAACUACAGAUGGCCAACAGCAAAAUGUUAUGGUUUAUACAACAUCUUAUCAACAGAUCUCUGGAGUUCAGCAGAUUCAGUUUUCAUGAUGGAAGAAAGCUUUGGAUCUGAGAACAUGAGAAAUAUGGUCAAUGAACUAACGAAUGCUAAAGGAGAGGAAACUUUAGUUUGAAAUGACUGGUAAAACAGAGAAAAUGUCACUUUGUAUAUUCAAUAGCUGUAAUGUAGCUGCCUGAGGCUUGAUUAAUUGAGAUGUGAAUUCUGACUCAAAUCUUUUUUCAUGAAUGAUUUUAAAAGAAAUUCGAUUUUAAAGGUAUUAAAAUAUUUUUGUUUUGUACAAGAGUUUGUUGCUCUAUAUAACUCCUGUAUGCAUUGUAUAUUGCAAUUUACUACUGUCAGAGAUUUGUAGACAGUUUCUUAUUUUCAUAUUGAAUCAUGUUACUUUUGUAAUUCAAGUAAACAGCUGGGUUUAAUUCUUGUUUACCCUUUGAAUAAAACAUAAGGGGUACAGUUCAUUUUGAAUGCAAGUUGCCUUUAUUAUAAAAAUUUGAGAUGACCUUUUGUUUUGUAACUGUCUUGCAUGACUAAGUUAGGUUAACUAUUUAUUAAUAUUUUAACUUGGAAAGGGAAUUCCUCAAGCGCCAGCAGUUCAAAAGCUCCCAGUGCUUUUAAUGUAAAGAUAGAAUUCAUGUGAACCCAAAAGUAACCAGUCUUUAGAACUUAGAAUUAGAAUCUUGGGACAUAAUCUACGAAGAGCUACUUUGCACAGGAUAAAUAAGAAAGGGGAGUAUGACAAACUGACUAGUUGUGUGCAAGGCUAAUUCUCUAGAUUGUUUGGUGUCCAGUAACAGUGUUAACUGUACUUUGUAGUGCAGACUCUGUUUUGCAACAACCAGAAGUAUGUAGUAGCAUUUUUGUUGAUCCCAUUGACUUAGAGACAUUUGCCUCACUGCUUUUGAAAUAAAACCCUUUUUAUUUAUUA